AUGGUGUCAGGAUACAGUUGUUGGGAGAUUGGUGUCGAGAAGAUGGUGUCAGGAUAUGGUUGUCGGGAGAUUGGUGUCGAGACGAUGAUGUCAGGAUAUGGUUGUCGGGAGAUUGGUGUCGAGACGAUGGUGUCAGGAUAUGGUUGUCGGGAGAUUGGUGUCGAGACGAUGGUGUUAGGAUAUGGUUGUUGGGAGAUUGGUGUCGAGACGAUGGUGUCAGGAUAUGGUUGUUGGGAGAUUGGUGUCGAGAGGAUGGUGUCAGGAUAUGGUUGUCGGGAGAUUGGUGUCGAGACGAUGGUGUCAGGAUAUGGUUGUUGGGAGAUUGGUGUCGAGAGGAUGGUGUUAGGAUAUGGUUGUUGGGAGAUUGGUGUCGAGACGAUGGUGUUAGGAUAUGGUUGUUGGGAGAUUGGUGUCGAGAGGAUGGUGUCAGGAUAUGGUUGUCGAUAUAUUGGUGUCGAGAGUAUGGUGCCAGAAUACAGUUGUUGGGAGAUUGGUGUCGAGAGGAUGGUGUCAGGAUAUGGUUGUCGGGAGAUUGGUGUCGAGACGAUGGUGUCAGGAUAUGGUUGUCGGGAGAUUGGUGUCGAGACGAUGGUGUCAGGAUAUGGUUGUCGGGAGAUUGGUGUCGAGAGGAUGGUGUCAGGAUAUGGUUGUCGGGAGAUUGGUGUCGAGACGAUGGUGUCAGGAUAUGGUUGUCGGGAGAUUGGUGUCGAGAGGAUGGUGUCAGGAUAUGGUUGUCGGGAUAUUGACGUCGGGAGAUGGGCAUCCAUUGGUGUUUAG